UCAGAAAGAAAAUUAUUGAUUGAUAUCUUAAUGUAGGGUUUAGAUUUUCUUUAAGCUGGGUAUUUUAGACUUAUAUUUUCAAAAUGAGUUUUAAACACAAUUUUAUUUGUUUUAUUUACUUUAUAGGAGUAAAUCAGCUUAUAAAAUCUGUUAUCUGUGAUGUGAAAAACAGCAGAGAAAUAUCCAUUUACGACAAAGAUAGUGAUACCUCUUGUCAGUCGGGAGAAGUUUUUAAUGGAUCCAUCUGCAUAAAUGUGACAGAUUGUACUAAACCAGUUCUGUCGAAUAGACGAUGUUUACAGCGGUGCCCCGAUGGAUACAUUUACUUUACGAUGGACCCUAAAUACAAUUACGACUUUUUAAACCCAAGGAAGUACCAUUAUACAGCAGCUGACAUCAAUGAAAAUCCAUGUUUGAACAAAACAAUGAUUGGACUUCUCAUACUAUUUUCAGUUAUUGCAAACAUUGUUUACAUUCUCUUUGUAUGGUGGUUUUUAUCAACAAAACGAUUUCCUUCUGAAAAACUGGGUGCUAUGAGCCUGGUCGGAGUUAGGAUAGGAUCGGGGAUGGCCCUUUGUAUGUAAAAACGGUGGAGAUUAUCAGUCUGUUAGUACAUCAAUAUUUUUGUUAGACGUAAAUGAAAAUCAGUCGACAUGGAUGGAGUUUUAUUUAUCAUCUGUGUUACCAUAUUCAGAAUGGCCGCAGCUAAAACCGAAAACAAAUCGGUUUUACUUAAAAAAAUUGAUGCCACUGAAAAUCUUGUCAGGGAACUUCUUGUCGAAGUGGACAAAUUAAAAUCCGAAGACAAGCUACAAAGGAGCCAGAUUGCUCACAUGGAAAACCAGCUACGUGUCCAACAGCAACGCAGCACACACCUCGAAAAACUAAUAAGGAAGUUCACAGCUUAUACUAGAAGGAAAACUCCACUUAAAACAGAAAAUUCACCAGUUUUAACACCUGAGAAACAAUCACCUCAGACAAAAGACGGAAGGUCAAAAAACAGGAUAAGGAGAGCGGAAAAUGAAACCCCCGUUGCAUUCUUCGCCAAGAUGGGCAGUCACCUGGAUCAUGCAGGCAUACACCAGACUUUCAUAUUUGAGAUCGUCGUUACCAACGUAGGAAAUGCUUACAACAACCACCUUGGCGUAUUCGUAGCUCCGGUAGCGGGAACAUACGUUUUCUCCACCACGCUCGUGUCCAGUUAUCAUGUUAACGCGCAUGCUCAGUUCGUGAAAAACGGGAAGGCUAUCACAACUAUGUUUGUAAGCGGUGGAGAAUCUGGACAUGAUACCACAAGUCAAACUAUUGUUCUUCAGUUGCAGAAAGGUGACGACGUUUCAGUCCAAAAUCUAGAUUCUGACAAGUCUUUCUAUGGAAGCAGUCAUAGCACCUUUUCUGGAUUUUUAUUGCAAGAAGAUUACACAAGUUCUGUUGUUGUGGGAAAGUAAAUCAAACGCUAUUCGAGACAAGAUUCAAAUUUUAAGUUACCUGUUCAUUUAAUAUUACAAUUUUUUUCAUAUAUAAGGCCGAGGAAACAUUCUAAAAUAUGUAGUUACAUUUUAAUAUGAACAUGUUCGCUACGAUUUCAAGAAGAGCUAAAAUAAAAUGAUCAGAAUUGUUUUCACUUUUACUGGCGACCAGUUACAUCUUGAUAGUCAUUCCGUAAAUCAUGAAACCUGUGAGAAUAUUCUGUAUUAUGAUUUUAUUAUUUUACAUAUGCAUUUGAUAAAAAUACAAAAAUGAAAAAAAUA